CGGAGCGGUCACCCUGCAAAAUUCGCGGGCUCAUUCGUGGAAAAAAAGUUCGCAGCGCUAGACGUUUGUGUUCAAUUCGAGUCCGUGUUAACACAUUAAGAAACCACAUAAUCCAUAAUGGGCGUUCCUGCUGGUGAUGUUGAGAAGGGCAAGAAGCUGUUCGUGCAGCGUUGCGCUCAGUGCCACACCGUGGAGGCUGGUGGCAAGCACAAGGUGGGACCCAACCUGCAUGGCUUGAUCGGUCGCAAGACCGGACAGGCGGCCGGAUUCGCGUACACGGACGCCAACAAGGCCAAGGGCAUCACCUGGAACGAGGAUACCCUGUUCGAAUACCUGGAGAACCCCAAGAAGUACAUCCCCGGCACCAAGAUGAUCUUCGCCGGCCUGAAGAAGCCCAACGAGCGCGGUGAUCUGAUUGCCUACCUGAAGUCGGCCACCAAGUAAGGUGCAACCCAUCCACCCGCACCGUAUUAUUGUGUUCAGUCACAAUCCGGCAAACAAACAACAACAACAGCAGCAGAAGCAACAACUACAAAUCAACAAAGUACAGACCUAAAAACUACAAUUAUGUUAAUUAUAAAGUUUAAAUAGGACAAUUUAUUAUUUAAUUUAAAUGAAAAGUGGAAUAUUUAAUUUAAACCCGAUAUGAGAAUUGUGACCACCACAAGAGAAAAAGUUAAAUAAUAAUAAC